AAACCGGUUUUUGGCACGUAAAAUCACCGUUCUUGAUUCUUGGUCCAUCCCAUUGUGGACGUAGAGAAAAGCAGCGAGUGCAAAAUGUGAGGUAGCUGAUGCGACGGCGGCCUAAUGUGCUCGAUUGGUCAGAGAAGGACGAGCGGAGGCGUUCGCGUCCUCGAGAUAAAAUGGACUUUUUUUGAAUGGCAUCCGAAAUAACAAGUCCAGGCGGGAAAAUGAAGUUUUUCCGCCAGCACGGAGGCGCCGUCUCGUGCUACCUGCUCUUGGUCCUCUGGAUUUUCCUCCUGCUCGCCGCCAUGUACCGGUUCAUGUCUCGGGAGCCGUCGUUGCAGCUGGUGGGCGUGCGUCAGGGCGAGCAGCAGCAGGACGAGCUGGGCGCCAACGCCGAGCGAGUGCGCCGCUUCUGCAACGAACACUUCGCCGACGGCGCCGAGGGCAGGGUCGGCGGCGACUUCUCGCUGCUCGGCGCCACCGUCGUCUUCCGGCACGGCCUCCGGGGGCCACUCGUCCACCUCCGCAACGCCUCCGCCCUCCACUGCGCGCAGCCACCCACGCCGCCGCCCUGGGCCAACAUGUCCAAGGCGCCAGGGUUCACUCAGAUGCUGGGCGCGUUUCACUCGUUUCCGCUGGCGCCGACGGAGUGCUCCGGACUGGGGCAGCUGACUCCUCGCGGCGCCGCCCAACUAGAAAGACUCGGAGCAGCCCUUCGAGUCGCCUACGCGGAGCGGCUGGCGCUGAACGACGCGUCGCGCGGCGCCCCGGUGGCGCUGCUGGCCACGCGCUACCGCCGCACGCUCCAAAGCGCCGUGGCGCUGCUGCACGGACUGCUGGCGCCGCUGGCACUGCCCAGGCUCGUGCAGCCCUUCCAGGAGGCGCCGUCCGUCUUCUUCUGCUUCGCCGACUGCGCCUGCGCGGCUGCCGAACGCCUCCGCCGCACCAUCGAGGCCGAGGCGGCCGCCGCCCUCCGCUCACACCCCGCCGUCACUCGACUUGCCGCCGCUGCAGCGCCCUUUGACGGUGUGGCGACUCCAAAGGCGGUGCUGGACGCGUUGUUAGUGACCUCGUGCCACGGGUCGGCGAACGCGGCCGCCGGGCCGCUGGCCGCCUACCUGGAGUGGGAGGCGCGGCGGCUGGCGGCGCGGUUCAAACCGCUGGCCCUGCUGCGGGCUCACCCGCUUCUUCGGCACCUGGGAGCGCAGCUGCUGCGCUUCGUGGCCGCCCCUACUCCUCGACUGGUGCUGUACGCGGGCCACGACCGCACCCUGCAGUACGUGGCCGCCGCGCUCGGCCUCAACACGCCGGACGCCGCCCUGCCCCCCUUCGCCGCCAGACUCGUCAUCGAACUCUACCGAAAGGGCAUGGGCGCUGAUUUCUUCUUCCGGCUGCUGCUGAACGGGCGGGACGUGACGUCGUCCUUGUCCUUCUGCCGCAGCGGCCUGGUGGUGUACGAGGGCGUGUGGGGCGCCAAGGGGCAGCGGGUGGGCGUGGCCGCCUCGCUGUGCCCCCUCGAGUCGAUCGUGCGGUUCCUGCACGACGACUACUUCGCCCCGUUCAACGCGACCAACGCCAAGGACGCGUGCAGCAUGCAUUUUUGAACUCAUCCUGACAUUUAAAUUUAUUUUAUAAUUGGAUUCGCACAAAUUUUAAAGUGAGUUGCAUUUAUUUUGCCGCAUUUAACUGCGGCGUGCAUUUAUUUUGGAGCUGUGUUCUUGCCGCAACGUUCGCUGUGAAUUUUGAAUUUAUUUACUCGCAUUGAACCAAGUUCGAGUUUGAGUGUUUUUGAAACACUCGCAUCCUGUCUGACCUGAAUCUUAUAUAUCCUAUUAGCUAAUUUUAGGAAAUAACGCAGACUUUUGUGAUUCUAUGUACAUUCGAUCUGUUAAACGAAAUAAAUGUUCCGUAAUUAUUAUUUUAUUGACUAUAUAGUCGACUCAUUCCUAAUGUUGCUCCUGUGGGUUUAAUUUUAUUUGUGUUAUUUUAUGUACUGAAUUUUAAACUCAUUUUAAUAAAUUUUACAAUUACAA